AUGUUACCUCCAGGUGGUUUAAUGGAAAUUGUUUUCUCCUUCGAUACAACUGGUUCCAUGGCUAGUUGUUUGAAUGAAGUGAGGGGCCAUAUUCAGAACAUGGUAGAGCGUCUGCAAGCAGAUAUUUCAGGAAUCAGAAUGGCAGUAUUUGCCCAUGGUGAUUACUGUGAUAAAUCUAACUAUAUCACCAAAUUUAUAGAUUUUACCACUGAUGUUAAGAAAUUAACUGAUUUUGUGAAGACAACGGGAAGUACUGGUGGUGGUGAUACUGAUGAGUGUUAUGAAUUGGUAUUAAGACAAGUGAGAGAAGAAUUAUCUUGGACUCCUGGUUCGAGAAGAUCUCUAGUAUUAAUUGGUGAUGCCCCUCCACACGAACCUACCUAUCCUCUGAAUAAACUGAAAAUAGACUGGAGAGAGGAGGCUGAUUUGCUUGGAGAAAUGGGUGUUAAAAUUUAUGCAACCCAGUGUCAAGGCUGUCCAACUGCUGCUAAAUUUUACAAAGCAAUUGCAGAAAAGACUAACGGACACCAUUUAAAACUACAAGAAUUCUCUAACGUCUUUGAUUUCCUGAUGGCGGUUGCUUAUCGGGAACAUGGUGAUGAUUUGUUUCAAGUUUAUGAAAAAGAAGUAAGAGGGCGGUGUGAAACGUCUACUGGACUAAAUAAAGAUUUAAAUGAUUUGUUUACGACAUUGAGAAAUGGUGACGUUGUAACAACAGUUGAUGUUGAUACGCCAACAACUACAACAACAUUAAAAACAGCUAAAAAGAGAAAAGCUGACAGUACAACGACAACACCUGCUAAAAAAGCUAAAACGACCAAAACCACUUCUUUGAUUAAAAUUGGCAAACCUACUUUAAAGAAGGUUUCACCGACAAGCAAGCGAAUUGUCAAGAGAGCAAAGAAAACAACCAACCCCAAAUAUCCACUGCUCAGAAGAGAAAUGGUUCCUGAAAAUAAUUUUUAUCUGAAUGAUAGGAACUGGUCUCCAUGGCAGAAAAUUGUAGCCAAAGAUGUUCCAGUGUCAGAUGGAACUCAGUGGCAGAAUACUGGAAUUUAUCACAGAAAGAAGGAAAUAUUCCAUAAUAAUCCUGAUGUUCCGUCUAUCUACGAAUUUGCUGUACAAACCAAACCAAAAGCUAGACGUUAUGUAGUGUAUCACAAAAUGGCCCAUCGUGUUUCUGGAAAAUGGGCUCAACGUUUAUUUGGAGCAAGAAACAUUCGUGAACAAGUUGGUAAAAUAGCACAUCGUGGUUAUUCCUUAUUUAUUAGGAGAUUACCAAUCUCGUCAGAUUCCAUGAAAAGAGACACAAUCAGUGCUUUAAGACGAUAUGAUUAUUCCUGGAACAGAAUCAGGAAUCAAAGAAUCUAUCAAAGAAGAGUUGAAAUUUGUUCACAAACUAUUUCUGAUUGA